AUGAACAUGCUUGCUGCACUAAUUGCUGUGUUGGGAGUCUUCUGGACCCAGGCAGCUGCAUAUCACAUCUACAGCAUUACAGCACCUGGCCAUGACUAUGUCCUGCAAACUGUGACUAUCGACAAUGAAAGGGAUCUUGCAGACAUCCAUGUCCGUAACGGGCUGGGCUCCUCUGACACCAUUUUUGACUACAAACAUGGAUACAUUGCAAUGAGGGUGUUUUCCCGGAGGGCCUGCUUUAUUAUGAAGAUGGAGAAAGGAUAUACCCUAACACUGGAAGAGAUCGGACGUCUUGCUUAUGAGAGAGAGAUGAUGACCAAAAUGUUUUCCCCCACAUACUGGUGGGUCCAAUAUGAACCUGCUGAUUCUAUAAUUGCUGAACUGAAGGAGUGGUUUCUGUAUGGCGAUGCUAUUGAGGGGCUCUGCAAGGGUGUGCCUCUUUAUGAAGUCCACAAGGUUGAAAGUGAGUACCAUGAAUCAAACUGA